GAGCAUGUGGGUGCCUCGUUUCGAGCCAUGAGGUGUCCACGCGCUCCCGCGGUCCGGCGAUUGGUCGAGAACGACACAAACAAGCCUUUCGGACCAAUGGCGGCGCUGAACAUGCGGCGUGCCACGCGCUGCACUCCGCGUGCACAUGCACAGCAGAAAACUGUGGUCGGGCUCGGUGAAUCCCUGGCUGGGACGCGCCGUAUAAAAACGGUUCUCUCGCUGAAGUGUUUACAGCUUGUAAAAGCAGCCAAGCAGAUAAAUGCAUAAAGUGAAUCAAACGCUCUGAACAGGGAGGGAGCGAGUAUAUCACAGCAAAAGCUCUCCCGAGGGUCAUCGGAAUUCACUCAGUUACUGAGUCAGUAGAGUCGCUUAGUCCCAUUUCUCAGCUUUAGUUUGCGGAGAGAAACAAGUCUAGAAUUUCCACUUUACUUUCCAACGUUUGAAAGGCAGCCAUGGUUGUUCUGGCAAAAAAACCGAAGACCUUCGAGAUCGUCUUCACCGAUCCCAGCAAGGCAUUCUACUCGAGCGGGGACAAAGUUGCGGGCAGGGUCGUGCUGGAGGUGUCCGAGGUGACGCGCGUCUCCGCCGUGAAGGUGUUCGGACUGGGAUGCGCGCGGGUCGAGUACAGCAAAGGGAAGCAGCGCUGCCGCGAGGAGGUCGCCUACCUCAAGUACGAGGAGACGCUUCACCUGGACGAGCAGCCGACGGAUACGGAUGGAUCCGUCACUUUGAGACCCGGCAACAGAUACGAGUACACAUUCGGAUUUGAGCUUCCCCAGCAUGGGCAACUGGUGUCCUCCUACAAGGGGAAGUUUGGCUACAUCCGAUAUUAUGUGAAAGCCUUCAUGGAGAGACCCUCACAGCCUUCACUGGAGUGCAGGAAAGAAUUUGAGGUUGAAGAGCCCCUGGACAUUAAUACACCUGACUUGCUGUCUCCAGCAGGUGGGAUGAUGGAGAAGAAGGUGACCUGUAUGUUCAUUCCUGAUGGUCAGGUGUCCCUGAAUGCCAAGAUAAACCGUAAAGGUUUCUGUGAGGGCGAGGACAUCUGCAUCAGUGCCAAGUUUGAAAACUCUUGCUCCCGCAUCGUGGUGCCUAAGGCUGCCAUUAUUGCCAAGCACAUCUAUCAGGCGAACGGCCGCACCAAGGUCUUUCGGCAGAAGCUGUCCUGCGUUAGAGGAAACCACGUUAUCUCUGGCAUGUGUGAUGUCUGGCAGGGAAAGAGCAUCCGUGUACCGAAAAUCAAGCCCUCCAUCCUGGGCUGCAACAUCAUCCGAGUGGAAUAUGCUCUCAUGAUCUACGUCCACAUCCCUGGCAGUGACAAGCUAAUCCUGGAGCUGCCGCUUGUCAUUGGAACUAUCCCGUACAACGGGUUUGGCAGUCGCACCAACAGUGUGAGCAGCCAGGAAGGCAGCGAAACAUCCAACAGCUGGGUGUCGCUGGGCAUUCCCUCCGCCCCACCCAGCUACAGUGACAUUGCUCAAGACUGCAGGCUGGAUAGUCCCCUCGCUCCCCUGCUGGACGACUAUGACGGCAGCGACAGCCCCAUCUUCAUGCACACUCCAGGUUUCCAGUUCCCACCUCCACCAGCUUACUCUGAGAUCGACCCAGAGCCCAGUGGUAACGCUCACGUACUGCGGGUCUGCUGAAUGUCUGAAUGGCUCCGGUUUCUUUGGACCUUGGCCGUAGCCCACCAUGCCUGAGGCUGUCUCGGUUAAGAGCUGAGAGUGGGACUACUAACCUGACGACACGAGAGUUGUAGGGAAACCUGGGUGGAGUUUGGGGUGCCCAGGCGUAAGGACCGAAACCCUACCGGACGAAGAAUCCAAAGAUGUUAGCACAGAGUGUGCGGCCUCAGGCUCCCUUUAUGAAGCACCUUCCCAUCGCACAGCGAAAUAAACUGUAGAUUCCUUUGAAGUACUGAUGUAAUGCAGGGUGUAUUCUGGAGAGCGGACCCUAGAUAUUGUGGUGGGCUGCUGUUCAUUCUGUGGUCCUUAAGGUGCUAAUGAGAACACUCACCGUUCAGGGCGUCUUCAGCAUAUCAUAAGCUAUUUUUCUCUUGACUGAGGUCUGAGAAUUUUUGAACUCAUUAGCAGUAUUUGGCCUCUCGGGUAUCUUCUCCAAAGCAUCAACACGUAGAUCGUGCCCCUUACAAUAUUUACCAAUAGACUGCUUUCUUGGACUUGCCUCUGUGUAUUCAAACAAUCAGAACCAUUCCAUAAAAAUGCUGUAUUUCUUGAGAUUUUUUUUGAAAAGAAGCACAUUAGGUGAUAAGCAACCAAUAAUGUUUGUAAAAGUUUGACAUUUUCCGCUUGUGAAUAUUCCUGUACAUUUAUUUUUAGGAUUUACCCUACAGAAGUUACACCUUUGCUGUACUUUUAGGUUUUCAUACAUAGUGGUGUGAUCUGAUCCUCUUCCUGAUGCAUAUUUCUCCAAAUAUUAUGUGGGGAAAUUCAUUUAUAGUUUUCCUGCUUGUAACAGUAAUUCUGAAGGAUUGUGAAUAAUAUGUUGGGGGUACAAAUGUUUUUGUUAUGCUGGUGUGCAUCAAAGGCAAUUACCAUCUCUUAGGUUUUUGGAACAUCUUGACAGCCCUUACUAAAAAUGUGUUUUGUCAUUUUGCAAACAUGUAGGUGAAUGAAUAAAAUUGUUUACUUUUUUAUU